GGAAAAAUAAUUUUUAAAAUGGCGGCGUUCGAGAAGCAAAAAGUGGCUUGUCUGUCGCAAGUUGAUCUUAGUAAGAAGGGGAGUAUAGAUGACCAAAUCAAGGACUUAGUACAAUACAUUAACGCUAAAGAAAACUUUUUUACGACAAGUUCUUGUUCUGGAAGAAUAUCCAUUUUCUCCGAGGUUAGCCAGUUUGCAAAAACAUGUUUGACUGUACAUGUGUUAACCUAAAAAAGAAUAAAAGACUUUAGGAUUACCCAUUUUUUUCUUUUUCUCAAACCUCCUAUAACAUUUUUUUUGUGCGCGCAAUAGAACUACCUCAUAUUUUGCAGCUGGCAGAUCAGAAGAAAAAACAAUGCGAAUGGCUCUAUGUUACCCAUGAUGCAACUAUAAAAGAAGAAGUUGUAAGUAUUGACCAGUCAGUGUUAUCGGUAUGCAUGUUCUCCAUGCUACUCGCUUUCCAUUUCCUAAGGUGUCGAGUAGGAGAAAUUUGUUGACAAUUAAGAGCUUCUUUAGAAAACUUUGGACUACCUUUUAUAAUUAUGCCUAGCCUGAAUUAAUGGUACAUAUGUGUUUCUUGGUGUUGCCUUGUAACCAAAAACAUCAGAUGUCCCAUGGAGAAGGGGUGAUUAGGGGUUUGAAAUUAAAUUCUAUAGCAUACAACUCAAUUUGCAAGCUGUCAGCAGGAUAGGUAUCUUGCCUUUCCCUAAUUACCCAGAAUGCAAAAAACCAAAUUUGCAUCACAACCAGGGCCAGUCAAAGACUAUUAAUAACAGGAUCAACAACCUAGGCUUCCAGAAAGAAAGAAACCAAAAUUCAAGGCAAACUUUUUGGCUCAUCCUUGAUCCAUGGUGAUUUUCCUAUUCAAACAACUGCUCAGCUUUCUGUAACAGUCAGCGAUCAGUGGAAAAAAAAUCUCCAUUCCUUUCCUCUAUGAGGAGUUGAGUAGACAUUUUGUACAGAAAGUUUUCCAAAGAACUUGUUUCUAUCCACAUUUUUAUCUUUUGAAACUAGAUCGAUUCCUUGAAGGACUGUAAAGGAAGUGCUGUGUUCAAGUUUGAACCAUUUGUUUUACAUGUUCAGUGCAGGAAUCUUGAAUGUGGACGACAAAUGGCAAGUAAUUGAAUUGAUUUAUGACAAAUACUCUAUCAAACUAUUGAUCAGUUGCAUAAAAUGGUCCUCCUGAGGCACUCCAGAAAUCAUACAUAUCUAACCCUUAAUUGAAAAAUGUGUGGGCAAGGCAGAGACAGAUUCAGGGGGAUGGGAUGGUCUAGAAGUCUGCACUCCCCAUUCCAAUUGACCUGCCAGAUUCUUUACUUCUUCUAUCACCCUGAAUUCCUGGCUAUGACAGGAUGGCAUAUUACGUAACCCUUUCACUCUGUCCCAAAAUUCUCCUUAAUGCCUAUAGAAUGUAUAAUUCUUAUCAUGUUUGUUUACUGAGUAUAGAUACUGUAAGGAGAAAUUCUUUCUUGGUCACUAAUGGGAGUUUAAGGGUUGAUACUACUCAACUUUAAAUUUUCAAAAUUUACCUAUCUUAUAGUAUUUUUUAGCUUGCUCAAACACUUCUGUUAAAGAAAAAUUAUGUCUGUAUUUUCUAAGUCAAAGUCAACCUCCUUAAGGUUGGGACUUGAGGGGGGAGGGACACAACUGUGAUGUUUGAUAGAGAAGUGAGCAGAUACUUUUUUAAACAACUCUCAAUUUAUAUGAUUAUCACAGACUAUUUAUUAUGUUGUUUAUUUCCCAUCUAGCUCAAAGCUGCACUUAUAUCUGGCUUUAAAAAUUCUGGAAUUGUCAUUGGCAGGAAGGCCAAUGUGAUUGUGGUGGGUGUCAUUCUUAGUUAAGUUUUAGAUGGUUCUCUAAUGCUACUUAAUAAAAGUUCAAAAGAUUUCUUCCUGAACACAGAAAAUGUUCUACAAAUGACAACAAAAGAAAAGAAAAAAUACCUGCAAAAUUAAUGUAUAUUCAUAACAUGAAUAAAAAUCUUAAGAGUAUAUUAGGCAUUACUUUUAGGCAUUUUCAGAUUUAUUUAGUGAAUGCAAUGGUAGACAUUAGGGCUUGUGUAUUGCAUUUUGCACUUGGCUCACGUAGCCUUCUACCAAACCAAAAAAUUACAAAAAAGCCUUUUCCAGAGACUGCACUUGACAUCAAACAAAAUAUAUUUAAUCAAAACAUACAGAUUGUAGCCUUAGUCAAGUAAAUCCCUGAUUUGAAAUAGACUCAAAAGAUUGAUCUUUUUUAGUAAUUAAUAUCUAACUUAAAAUUUUUGUUUGCUUGCUCUUAGGGCAGGAUUAUUAGAUUUAACAGCCCUAUACUGGCUAAGAAAUAAGCUUAACCCUUUAACCCUCAGAAAAUCUAGCCUCUAAUUUCUCCAUACAGUAUCAGUCUUAAAUCAAAUGAAAAGGUCAUGAGAAUAAAGUAACCUGAAUCACCAAUUUAAGAAGCCCCUGACUGUCAAACAAAUUCUCCCUGUCAGUACCAUAGAAAAUGUUGCAAAAAUCACCAUGAAGAGAAUAUGAAUGCUAAUUUUAGUGUGUAAAGGGUAAAAAAAUUGGUAAACACCAUAUCAGAAUAUUUUCUUUGGCCUGUUUUGGUCUAUGCUUCCCUUUUACAGUUACUUUUUAUUUUACUCACUGUAUGUGGUAUGCAUAAUUAAAUGUGGCAACUAAUGGGGUCUUAACCAGUCACAGGUCAUCACAUUUAGCUGAUCUUUUUAUUUUUUUUCAGGCAGUGAGAAGUACACAGAGCUUAGAAGUCCCACUUGUUCACUUGGGAGAACAAAUGGUGUCACAUAAGGUAAUCUGGAAAAAUCUUUCCCUACAAAUCUACGCUUUAAUUUGAAAUUUAAUGAUUAGGGAAAAGAGAUAGGUGUAGUGCAAUAUUAGUGUAAUUAGAUAAAAACAGGGAUUGUAAAUGAGGUUUUACAUGAAAUCGAGGUUUCAAGCCUCCUGUUUUAGCUGAAAAAAUCCUGUUUUCAGAGUUUAUUUUGGACCUUUCAAUUUUUGCUCAAUAUUAUUAAUAAUAAUUUUUUAAAAUUUUUCUCUGGCAAAGGAAGAUUAAGUUUUUCCUGCUUCAGCAAUGGUCUUUUGGUGUGCUCCUUUUUCUUUUGUUAUUUUUUGUUUUUUUUUUGUUUGGCUCUAUGGGUCCAUUGUAUUUUGCGCUGUAUAAUGCACUGUACGCAAGAAACACCACUAACAAAAAUGCAAUAGGAGCCAAUAGGCUCAAAAUGCAGAAAAUGACAUCAUGGGAUGGAAUCUCUGCAUGAAGUGAACCAUGAUUAGGUAAAAGAAAUCCUCUCUCCACUUCCUAAGGGAUGUACAUGCAUGUGAUGCAAUUUCCUUACUAAGGUUUACGUCACAUGUUGAAAUACCACUAGUUCAUAUUUCCUUGAGGAACUACCAACAGUUAUUUGAUUUGUAUAUGAAUUCAAUUCAAUUAUUAUUUUUAUACCCCUUGAUUUUGACUUUUUUCAUUAUUGAGUAUGUAGAGUUCCUGGUGGAUAUUGCAAACAAUAAACUUGAAGAUAAUCAAACAAGAAUAGACAGGUACACCUGAUAUAUAAACAUUGGUCAAAAAGACUACAUUUAUAGAUAGAAAUAAGAGAGAUGGUAAAUUUUGAGCCCAAUAAAGAAAUAGAGAAAGAUGUUUUUUGUCUUGUCACGAGCAUGGGACACAGAAAAAAUUCGGAGUCCCCAUGUGGAAUCAAACCUCAGACUUUCAGAUUCCACAAAAAACAUGACAUACUACCCUAAAUAAAUUAUGUAAAAUUACACAAUGGUACAAAUACAUCAACUACAAGCACAUUCACAACUAAUGAAAUAUACCAACACUCACAGCCAAUUAACUUGUAAAUGUUAUACACAUGAGAAGCACUCUUUAGAACAUUUGGCAUUAACAAUUUCAUUAACUCUUUGACUGCUGACUGGCAUCUAAUUUCUCCUUACAAUAUCACCCCUGAACAACUUCACCAGAUUAAGGGAAGUAAUGGUCUAUGUGAUUCUUGUGAACUGUGUGAGUCUUGAGAACUGUGAGUCUUGAUUGUAAGGCAAAUUCUCCUUGACAGCACUGUAGGAAAUGUAAAGAGAAUGUGAGUCUUGUGAACUAUGUGAGUCUUGAGAACUAUGAGUCUUGAUUGUAGGGCAAAUUCUCCUUGACAGCACUGUAGGAAAUGUAAAGAGAAUAGUAUGGAGAAUGUGCAUACUUAUGUUAGGGUGUAAAGGGUCAGUAAUCACUUAAUGAGAUAAGAAAGUGGCUAGGUGUUUGUCUGAGUGCCUUUUGAUUGAAGUGAAGUUAUAUUUAAUAGUAUUCAUUGUUUUGAUGCUGAUGUAUGCAAAAUGGUCAUCAUUUUAUGUAACAUUGCAGAUUUUUCAAGAACCUCAAGGACAUAUUACAUAAUCAUAGCCUCAGUGACAGCACAUCUCAGAAAACAGGUACUUGCAAUUAGUGAUUUCAUCACAUCCAUCCAAACAUCUCACAAAAUAGAGACAAUUGGCUUUUCUGUGAGUUCCAAUCCAAUGCUUUAUUAUUUUAGAAGAAUAUGCUGGUGCAUAUCUACCUUAAUAAUUAAUGAUACCAUUCACAAUUAUUGUGAAUGGUAUCAUUUGGUUACAUAUGCUUACAAGUUCACUCAGUAACUUAGCAGUUUUAACCCUUUCUUGUACAGAUAGCCCAUACCUUAACAAGUUUGUACUUUUGAUUUCAGACCCAAAACAAACUACUGACACCAGAAAAGAUGAACUAUUUACUGAAGUGACAAGAUCCUCCCAGAAAUCAAAUGCUGAUGACUUUGUACAUGUAAAUGAUAAUGAUGUGCUUGACUGCUUGGCCUCUUUCUAUGGGGAUGUGUCAUGAUCUUUAUUGUUUGGGCCAAGUUUAGGUAACUGUGCACAGUUGAGCCCAGAUCAAAGAGCAACCUUUUAGCACUAAGAAAAUUGGGAAAAUUGGCUCACUUCUCUUAAUUUUGGCAAUUAUAGGGGAAAUUGUUACUUAUCAUCAGAACAUGGCACUGUUGUAGAAGAUCUUUCUUGCAAUAUUGUUUGAUUCUUAACUGAGUGUUAAUGGCAAAAGGACCAGUGAGGGCCUGAUGCUGCAAGAUUCAGUGCACUGAAGACUCUUUCAUUUGAUUCUGACUAGUCAGUUGUGUCAUGACUGAUCCCAA